CAUCAAUAGCUCAGACCAUAUAACUCGGUUACCUCUGACUAUACUAAGUAUACAGACACGAAAAGGUAUGCCUGCAGAACUACAAGACGCUGUUCCAGACAUCGUUAUCGGUGGGGAUCAACCAUAUGAUGACGUACAAUAUGAAAGUGAGAAUGAAGCAGAAGCCAACGAAGAUGUGAAGACUGAGAAGAAAGUGAGUUUUGCAGAACUCGACGAAGAGUCUGGUGAAACGGAGGAAGCAAUAAGACAAAGAGAGUUUGAAGAAGGUGGAGGAUUGCCAGAGCAGACUGCUAAUCCAGAUAUCACCACUUUGACUCCAAUCUCUCCGGAAAUUAUUAACAGACAGGCAACCAUCAACAUUGGUACUAUUGGUCAUGUUGCCCACGGUAAAUCUACUGUUGUCAGAGCAAUUUCUGGUGUCCAAACUGUUAGAUUCAAGAACGAAUUAGAAAGAAAUAUCACCAUUAAGCUAGGUUAUGCAAAUGCUAAGAUUUACAAGUGUGAUAACCCAGAAUGUCCUGAACCUGACUGUUACCGUUCCUACAAGAGUGAUAAAGAAAUUCAUCCAAAGUGUCAACGUGAAGGUUGUUCAGGUAGAUAUAAUUUGAUCAGACAUGUUUCAUUUGUGGAUUGUCCAGGUCACGAUAUCUUGAUGAGUACUAUGUUGUCAGGUGCAGCUGUCAUGGAUGCUGCAUUGUUGUUGAUCGCAGGUAACGAGCCUUGUCCUCAACCUCAAACUUCUGAACAUUUAGCUGCCAUUGAAAUUAUGAAGUUAAAGCAUGUCAUUAUUCUACAAAACAAGGUCGAUUUGAUGAAAAAGGAAGCUGCAAUCGAACACGAAAAAUCUAUUUUAAAGUUUAUCAAAGGUACUAUUGCCGACGGUGCUCCAAUCAUUCCAAUAUCUGCACAAUUAAAGUAUAAUAUCGAUGCCGUUAACAUGUGUAUGGCAAAGUCGAUUCCAAUUCCAAUGAGAGAUUUUUCGGCCCAACCAAGAUUGAUGGUCAUUAGAUCUUUCGAUGUUAACAAGCCUGGUGCUGAAAUCCAAGAUUUGAAGGGUGGUGUUGCCGGUGGUUCCAUCUUAACUGGUGUGUUUAGAAUUGGUGAUGAAAUUGAAAUUAGACCAGGUAUUGUUACUAAGGAUGAUAAUGGUAAAAUUCAGUGUAAGUCCAUUUUCUCCAGUAUCAUCUCCUUAUUUGCAGAAAACAACGAUUUGAAAUUUGCAGUUCCAGGUGGUUUGAUUGGUGUUGGUACUAAGGUUGAUCCAACUCUUUGUAGAGCAGACAGACUUGUUGGUCAAGUGGUCGGCUCUAAGGGUAACCUACCUUCCGUGUUUACUGAUAUCGAAGUCAACUAUUUCUUAUUGAGAAGAUUGUUGGGUGUCAAGACUGAUGAUCAAAAGAAGGUCAAGGUUAGAAACUUAGAAGUAGACGAUGUGUUGAUGGUUAAUAUUGGUUCAACUGCCACCGGUGCUAGAGUGGUGGCCGUCAAGGCAGAUAUGGCUAGAUUGACCUUGACCUCACCUGCAUGUACAGAAAUCAAUGAGAAGAUUGCAUUGUCCAGACGUAUUGACAAACAUUUCAGAUUGAUCGGAUGGGCUACUAUCAAGAAGGGUACUACGAUUGAUCCUAUCAAUUAAUCAAACUGAUAUAAAUUUGCGUUUUCAUUAAUGGAGAGAAAACGUAUGUAUUAAAUUAAUUCUUUUCUUGAUAUAAAGUAAUUUUUCACUUGUUAAGAUAUCUCCAGUGUAAAUUCCCCUACUCCUGCUACGUAUUUUUAUUACUCAGUUUGCUAUAGCAACUAAUUAUCAAACAGUAUAUAGUAUAAGCAUAAACUAGUCAAAUAUUUUAUUACAAUGAGUAAUAGUACUCUGUAAAUUGGUCAGAAGCAAGAAAUUUAGCUCGAGAGUCUGUCUCCAUCAUUCUAUAAACCAUAAUUCGAAUUUCUUCAUAAAGCAAACAAA